AUGCUGAAUUUAAAGAAGCAUUCUGAAUAAGAUGUGGACUCUUUGAUUGAGUCAAUGCUUAGAUUGAUUGAAUACAUGAAUAACAACCCUUCUAUAUAACGUUAAAUUUUCGAAUCAUUCAAUUAAGAAGACUUAUAGAAAAUAUUGAAGAAUUUGAACGAAAAAAAUAGCCUUCUUCUUCGUAAAGUUUCUUGCAUAUUUUUAUGUAUUGUACUUUAGAAUGAAGAUAAUUGUGAAAAUUUCAUGAAACUUUGUGAUUUGCUUCCAAUCAACUCUAAAAUCACUUUAAAUGGUAUUCCUGAAAAAAUGAGUCAAUACAUAACUAGUGAUUUGUUAUAAAAGUUGAAUUAGGUUUAGCCUUCUGCAAAUAGUUUAUGUUGGUUCUACACAUUAUAAAUGGCAAAGGACAGGUUGCCAAACUUAGCUUAUUUUUAACUUAACACAAGAGAAUUGAAAAAGUCAAUUAAUGAUUUUAUUGAUCCUUCCGAAUGCAUGAUUGGAACUACGUAUAGAAAGCUUUCCGUAAAGCCUCUCUAAACAGAUACUUAGAACUGGAGCAAUAGGAAUGAACAUCAUCAUAAGAUGAACAUUUCUCCAGUGAGCAAAUAAAUGGCAUCAUUGAUCUUGCCAUUGAAAGAAAUAAACAAUCCAAAAUAUUAUUAAAGAUAUGUAGCUAAAUCUAUCAAUCAACAGCAAAAUAAGAACAUACUUUCAAAUACGGCUAGGGCAGACACAUCCUAUGAUAAGCAUUAACCAAGAUCAGAAGUUUUGAAGAAUAGGUAUUCAUGA